UGCCUCGGCGCAUGUGUGACGUCAUCGGGGCGCGUCGCAGUGCCGUUUGCUUCUCGGGCAGUCCUCGUGUGUUGUUUUGUCGUCCUAAAUAUAUACUAAUAAACCAUGAGUUCUCAAAUAACGUGUGUCGGAUGGGUGAAGCACGGAGUCGCUAAAGAAACACCGGAUAAAGUUGAGUUGAACAAAGAGGAGCUACAACGUAUCAUAUCGGAGGCUAAAGAGGAGCUAGGUGAUCCCGGUGGUGAGGAGGAGGAGGAGGUUGAUGAAGGUGUGGUCAGUGGUCUAGAUGUCAGUGAAGAGGCAUCAGCUGUUCCGUCUGCUACUGAAGAAAUAAAAGAGGAAGAGGAUGAGCUUGCAGAGUACGGGCUGGAAAACUAUGAUGAAGAAGACAUCGCUACGUCAAAUCUUGGAGACAGUCUGGCGGGACUGACAGUGUUUGGCACCAAUGAAGAGGAUCCAUACAUCACCAUCAAAGACACCGACCAGUACGAGCGGGAGGAUUUUCAGAUUAAAUCCACAGAUAACCUGAUUCUAGCUGGACGGGCUGAGAAAGACUGCUGUAACCUGGAGGUUUACGUGUUUAACUCCCAGGAAGACUCUCUGUAUGUGCAUCAUGACAUCCUGCUCCCUGCGUAUCCGCUCUGUGUGGAGUGGCUGAACUUUGACCCCAAUCCAGAGGAAGGACAAGGGAAUUACGCGUCGGUGGGGAACAUGACGCCGGUGAUAGAUGUCUGGGAUCUGGAUGUGGUGGACUGUUUGGAGCCGGCCUUCUCACUCGGCAGCAAAAAGAAGAAGAAAAAUAAGAAGCGCGGCCGGUCCGUCAUGGCUUUUCGGGACGGACACACGGAUGCUGUGCUGGAUCUGUCCUGGAACAGACUGGUCAGCGCUGAGUGUGAUGAAGCGCCUGCGGAUGAGUCGGUGAUCCUGUGGGAUAUGGAGAAGGAAAACCAGCAGCGGCUGAAGACCCUCAAGAAACACACAGAUAAGGUUCAGACGCUGAAGUUUCACCCGUUUGAGGCUCAAACUCUCAUCAGCGGAUCAUAUGACAAGUCUGCGAUCCUGUACGACUGCCGCAGUCCAGACGACAGCCAUCGGAUCUGGCGCUUUAGUGGACAGGUGGAGCGCCUCGUUUGGGAUCACUUCACUCCGUGUCACUUCCUGGCGAGUACAGAGGACGGCUUCAUUUAUUGUCUGGAUGCUCGUUCGGAUAAACCUGUGUUUACACUCAGAGCUCACGAUGGAGAAGUUUCAGGGAUGGAUCUGAGCAGUCAGGUCCGCGGCUGUCUGGUGACGUCUUCAGCGGAUAAACACGUGAAGGUCUGGGACAUCAUGGGAGACAAACCCAGCCUGAUCCACUCCAGAGACAUGAAGAUGGGUGUUUUGUUCUGCGGCUCCUGUUGUCCAGAUCUGCCGUUCGUCUAUGCGUUUGGAGGACAGAAGGACGGGCUGCGCGUCUGGGACAUUAGUGACGUCGCUGCAGUCGCUGAGGCUUUUGGCAGCCGGGAACGUUUGGUGGCGAAUACAGUAUCCGGAGCAUCGAGCGGUGUCAUGGAUGUCUCGUAAAACACCGGCAUAACCUGAGGCUAAAUCAUUGACACACAGAAGACCAGAAGAAGAAUGGAGCAGUGCUUCGGAGUGAAUAACAUGAACAGCGUCUGUCAAUGUGCAGAACAGAUUUAUCUUCUGAAAAGAUAUCAGAACUUUGCUGUCUUUGACAAAUGUUUGAAGCCGCUUUCCUUUGAGGGAAUCUUAAGGAUGAUUGAAAUUUCUCUCCAUAUUCUUCAUAUUUCUUCUUCUUAGGAAGUGUAUAAAUAAUUAUGGUAAUUUCCAAUAUAAAACUAUGGAAUCUAAGACAUUCGUCUUAUUCUGUAUUUCAAAAUUUUCUGUCACUGUUUAAAAACAAAUUGCUUUAAUGCUUUCUCAAAUGGUUAUUGAAUAAAGCGAUCUCUAUUGUGGGGAUUCGCUGCCCUCCAGUGGCGUAUUACGGUACUGCUGGCUUUUAAGGUUUUUUUUUUUUUUUUCUUGAAGUUUUAUUUCAGAUUUUUUUAAUGAUAAAUAAUUGGCUACGUCAUUUUAUCCAAAAAAAAAUAUUUUUAUGCAUUUUAUUUUUUCAUAAUAAAUAAAGCGAUCUCUGUUUCAUUGCCCUCCAGGGUCGUAUUGCGGUACGCUUAUUUUCCCGUAAAUUUUAAUUCUUCACGAUUUGCCCUUUUUGAAUUAAAACGAUCUCAAUGUGGCGGUGUUCCGCUGCCCUCCAGUGGCGUAUUGUGGUACUGCUGGCGUUGAUCCGUUGAUACAUUUUUUUUGCUCCGUUAAAAUCCUCUCUUUUGUAAAUGUUAGUAAAAUAUGCUUGAGGAUUGUAUUUUAUUGUAAUGAUUACAUUUUAUUUUAUCCCUGAUUUUAUUUGACCCUUUUGAAUAAAAUGAUUUCGAUCGCGGUGUUCCGCUGCCCUCCAGUGGCGUAUUACGGUA